ACAGCCCAUUACCUGCCCCCUCACAUCAUCACCCUGCCCAGACACCAACAACUUCAUUGCAUCUACAGACCUCUGCUAAACUAGUGCCUGCAACCUCACACAAAGAAGAGCAGCACAGGCACAUACAUCAUCCUGCAGAGUGCCUCCUUAGGCAAUCAGGAGCAGGAGUCAUCUGGAAGGCAUCUUGGGAGGUGACUGCAGAAGGACUGUCACAGGUGGAGAGAUGCUGGUGCUGUGUCUAGUGCUCAUGUAGAGAAGGGAGGUGUCUUCAAGAAGCAGCUGCCCCUUUCCUCCAGACCAGCAGAGACUGGAGCUGCUGCUACAUUUGGAUACACUGUAUGACCAUAGAUACACUGAAAGGAGACUACAGCUCUGCUGAGGGACUAAGGGGCUAAGCAAGAACCCUCAGGAGGGUAAAGCCAUCUCCAGACAGCACCCAGAUCUCUGUUCCCUUUAUUCGAGGAAAGAAACACACAUGACACGUAUAUUGAUGCCAUUUCCGUCCUGUACUUCUGGACAAGCUUGAAGUCUUCUCAAGACUGGGAUUAGCUGAACUUCAAACUACAACUUCAGAAUGUUGUUGAGUGCCUACUAAAGCAGCAGAGCCAAGAAUGUGACUUUUCCACUGAAACAUAGACUUUAAAUCGGGUCAUUUUAUCCUGCGUUGGUACCCAAGACCUUACUAAGAUGCCUGCCAAAACCCCCAUAUACCUAAAGGCUGGAAACAACAAGAAGGGUAAAAAAUUUAAACUGAGGGAUGUAUUGUCCUCAGACUUGAUCAGUCCUCCUUUAGGAGAUUUUCGGCAUACUAUACACAUUGGUAAAGAUGGACAACAUGAUGUCUUUGGUGAUAUCUCUUUUCUUCAAGGUAACUAUGAACUGUUGCCAGGAAACCAAGGAAGACCAAGAAAUGGUCAUUUGAAUGGACAUGGACACAAUGAAUUUCUGAGGGCAAACAGCACUUGUGAGGCAGUAUUUUCUGACACAUCUUCACCCGUUCUUAAAAAUGCAAUCUCUUUACCAACAAUUGGUGGUUCACAAGCAUUGGUCUUGCCCUUGUUGUCUGCUGUAACUUUUAACUCUAAAAGGGACUCUUACAGCCCUUCUAAGUCACCCAGACUUAGCUGUGAGCCAGUGUUAGAGGAAAAGUUGAUGGAAAAGUGUGAGCCUUAUGGAAGCGAGCACCAAUUCGACCGUGAAAGCUCAUGGAAAGUCAGUGGCUCAGCGUCGUGCUCCACCAAUGGAAGAUCAAGCCAUUCAUCUAGUCUCUCUGAACAAUAUAGUGAUUGGCAAGGGCUUGACUUGUUUGAAGAUAGCCAUGGUCCUUGUGAUGUUGGGAACACUGAUUUAAAAACAGAGGAGUCUCUUUCUGACUUGGCAGGAUCUCUUUUAACCCUACAGCUUGACUUGGGCCCUUCCCUUUUGGAUGAGGUGCUUCAUGUAAUGGACAAGAAUAAACCAUGAAACAGUUAACUCACAGGGUUCUUCAGACACAUGGUACAUAUACACUAUUUAACAGCAGCGAUUCCAUUUUGGUCCACAUGUUUUUGGAUAUCUUUCCACAGGGCAUGUUUUUCAUGGUUAGUAGCAAUACUGGAGUGAAAGAUUCUGUUUCUGUUCUUAAUAUGAAACCAAUGUAAAUAUGAAGGUCAACUUUUCCAUUUUAAUGUAUUGUUUAACAGUUUUUGGACAUUAUUUGAAUAACCUAUGUGGAUCACGACUGUUAAGUCACCAAUCUACCUAUAUGAGAUACUUCUGUAGAACUUCAGUUUGUUAGCAAACCAUUGCUUUUUUUCAUAAUCUAGUCCCUCUGUGUGAGAACUCUAAAUGUGAUCCCUUAAUACUUCGGACUAUACUAUUAAGCAUAUCUGUGGGUCUUUUUUUUACAAACAUCUUACACAAUUGGGGGAUAUUUUGAUAUCUGCAUACAGAUAUGGACUCUUCAUUUUACUUCACUUGUAUUUUUCUAUUCAUGUCAAUGAAUGUUGCAUUUUAUGAUAUAUUUCAAAUGACAAUUCAGCUUUAGCAAUAAGUGUCUUUAAAUUUCCAUUUUACAUAAAGAGUUUAUGAUGCCAAGCGUUAAGCUCCAUGAAAGGUUUCGAUGAUCAUAAGUUAUUUCUGUUUAAAUAUCCUUGUAUGUGCCUUUGUAUUUUUUACUGCAAAGUUUGUAUUUUUUAGAUACUGCAUCACCAUUUGUAUUGCUUGCAGAUUUUUCAUUGCAGGUCUGUUUUAUAUUUUUGUGAGUGUUCAAAGACAUGCACAUCUUUUUUUUUAUUUUUUUUAUCUUAUGUAAGUCCUACAAAUGCUUACAGCUUCUAUGUUACUUAUGUAAAUGAAGCCUUCAUUCAACACAUCGAUCAAAUGCCUACAAUGAAUAGUUCAGGGGGUACUCCAGUGGAAAUUUUUUUUUUUUAAUCAACUGGUGCCACAAAGUUUAACUGAUAUUUAAAUGUAUUCUAUUUAAAAAUCUUAAUUCUUCCAGUACUUAUCAGCUGCUGUAUGCUCCACAGUAAGUUGUAAUUCUUUCUGGAGUUCUUUUCAGUCUGACCACAGUGCUCUCUUGUCAGGAACUGUCCAGAGUACAAGCAAAACCCCAUUGCAAACCUAUCCUGCUCUGGACAGUUCCUUAUAUGGACAGAGAUGUCAGCAGAGAGCACUGUGGUCAGUAGUGUUGCUCGCGAAUAUUCGCAAUUCAAAUUUUAUUCGCGAAUAUCGCAUAUUCGCGAAUAUUCGCGAAUAUAGCGCUAUAUAUUCGUAAUUACGAAUAUUCGUUUUUUUUAUUUUUUUUAUUUUAUUUUUUUUCACAGUACACAUCACAGUGAUCAUCUCUCUCUGCUUCCAGCUUGUGUGGUGUAAAGAAAGCUCUAAUACUACUGUGUGAGACCGGUGUGCGUAUUUUUGCAUAUGCGAAAAUUUACAUAUGCUAAUUUUCGCAUAUGUUAAUUUUCGCACAACGCGAAUAUUCGCAUAUGCGAAAAUACAACGAGAAUAUUACGAAUAUGCGAAUAUUCGCGAAUAUGACGAAUAUUCGUCCGAAUAUUCGCGAAUUCGAAUAUGGCCUAUGCCGCUCAACACUAGUGGUCAGACUGAAAAGAACUCCAGAAAGAAAUACAACGUCCUGUGUAGCAAACAGCAGCUCAUAAGUACUAGAAGGGUUAAGAUUUUUAAAUAGAAGUAAUUUACAAAUCUGUUUAACUUUGUGGCAAAAAUUUGAUUUGCACCUGAGUACCCCUUUAACUGGUUGAAAGACAGUAUUUAUAGAUUUUAGCUUGUAAAAGGGAAACUAAACUCUAAAUUUAUAAGUUGGCUUUGAACAUUAAAAAGAAAUGCAAUAUCUUUAUCAGUUUCUUACAGUCUACGAUUAAGCACUUGACGGUGCGAAACGAGUCAGAUGUUCCUGCUCUGUAUUGUGACUCCUUGCCAAAGCAGAAAUAAAGCAAAGAUUCUUAUGCAUAUCCAGUGCCGGACAUUCUUCCUUUUUGAAUUUUUUUUUUUAUCGUUUACUCAUUUCACUAAUUGUAUUUGACUUAAAGGGGUAAUCCAGUACUAGGCAUCUUAUCCCCUAUCUACAGGAUAGGGGAUAAGUGUGUGUUUGCAGGGGUUCUAGUUGCUGGGACCCCCCCAUGAUCUCCUCAUUCUGGUAAUCCACAUGCACAAAGUGAUCUCCGCUACAUGCCAGAUUACUGUUGACGAAGCUGUGACCGACACGCCCCCUCCAUAUAUCUCUAUGAGAGAGAUGAAGAUACACAAGCGCUGUAUCUCCGUCUCUCCUAUAGACAUGAAUAGAGGGGGAAUGUUGGCCACGGCUGCUCCGCAGGAGAUCACGGGGUCACAGCGAUCUGACCUCCCCCAAUCAGGCAUCUUAUUUUCUAGCCUUUAACUAGAGCAUAAGAUGUCUAGUACUGGAGUACCCCUUCAAUUAGAUGUGCUAUGAAGUCCACUUAUUUUAGUGUUGAGUUUCCCUUUAUGAAUGCAGCCAAUACUAUGUACAGUAGUACAUCUGCAAUACCGUAAACAGUGUUUGUUGGAUUUACUCUGUCACUUUAAUGAACACAAAUAAAAAGCACUUGUAAUUUUUGUUUGAAUUAAAGUUUAAAUAUUAAAAUUAAAUAAAUUUACUUUACAUAAAAUACAA